AUGUCAAUCACAUCUAUUUUACAGGGUUUCCAGCAGAAUGGGUUAUUUGGUCUAGGAGCAGAUUUCAAAGACGUUUGCUUGCCGGGUACCUGUGGUUCUCUCUUAGCGGUUCAAUUGAUCACUCAUAUGCUCAUCAAACCUUUACCGAAAUUUACGAGUGAUAUCAUUAUACCAUCAGUGGUUCGGAUUUUCCGCCUGAGAAAAUGGUACCAUCAAGACCGUCAAGAUAUGAAGGAUAUGUUGAAUGAAGGGGACGAGACUAAUGUGCUUGUCAGAGAAUGGUUGAAACCAAAGGCGGAGCAGUUUACACAGGGCGAAUUCAACGAGAAAAUUAUACUUUUUGGGACCACUAUGAUGUUUGCUGCUCUUUUUCCUCUAGCGCCUCUGAUUGCUCUGAUUAUUGGACUAAUAGACCUUCGUAUAGAUGCCCUUCGUCUCUUAUGGUUUAAUCGGCGACCGAUCCCAGUAAUGGCUCAAGAUAGUGCAUAUAGAGAAUUUUUGAAUAUCAUACGAAUUGGUCCAAAUCGUGAACCGAAACAAUCACCGAUGUCAAAAACAACUAUCAUGAAGAGGAAAUUUUUGAAUACUAUACUUUUCACGAACAUUAUUACUCACAGUCAGAUUAUGACGUGCCAUACUUGA